CAGCAAAGGUCAGGGACGCUUUUUUCCAGCCCAGAAAUUUUUCUUUCCUUUCUUCUCUUUCUCUUCCUGCAAUACCACAGAAACAAAAGGAAAAGUUAAAACCUGCAACCUGCAUCACCACCUCAUGUCACAAUCUCUCUAACUCUCAAUUUUGUCUUUCCAUCAGCAACAAACCCUAAUUUUUGGGUAUAUAUAACAGGAGCCAGAGAAAAAAAUGGGGAGGAGAAAUUCAGAGAAGAAAAAAAACCAAAAAAACACAUUUUUUCAUCAUUUUUUUCAUUUUUCGAAAUCACACCAAACACCUUCUAAACUUCAAUUUUCUUUCACUAAUCCCUUCUAACACAUACCAGUAGCGAAGCACACAAGGAAAAAACGAAGGAAAACCGUUGAGAGAAGCUUACUCAAACUCCAAAAUUGCAAAGAAAAGAGUGAGUUCUAACUCAUCUAAGCAAGCUUCAAAACAAUCAUAUUCCCGACGCCAGUAUUGGACAAGAAACGUCACCAAACAAGUCAUGGAGAAUUGGCAAGACCAGCACGAUGCCUUGAAAGGCGAGGUGGCACAAUUGACUGAAAAGUUGGACAAGGCUCUUGAGUUGUUGAUUAAUCUGAAUAAACCAGCACAACCAGUUGUGGUUGAAACAUCGGUUCCUGCACCCCAAGGAGGAACUUCAGCAGUAAACACAGUUUGUCCAACUUUUGGUUUACCCGUUGGGCAUACUCCUCAGAAUCAGGCUGAAAUUCAACAGUCUCCUCAGAAUACCCAGACUAGGGUCCCUCUGAACCAACAAGGUUUUGUUUCACAACAAGAGAAUCUGGAUGAUCCCAGAAAUGCUUAUCAGAGUCCAGGGUUAUUUGAUGAUGUGCCAAAGGUUAAUUCUAAUGUUCCUCAGCUGGAGGAAGCUCAUCAGAAAUUCAAGGCUAUUGAAGACCGUCUAAGUAUGAUGGAAGGAGGUGAUUCCCUAGACUUUGCCAAUAUGUGUCUAGUUCCAGACUUGGUGCUCCCGCCAAAAUUUAAGGUCCCUGACUUUGAGAAGUAUAAAGGCAUCAGCUGUCCAAAGAAUCAUCUGAUUAUGUAUAGCCGGAAGAUGGCCUCCUUUGCUAGUGACGACAAGCUCAUGAUGCAUUGCUUCCAAGAUAGCCUCACCGGGGCAUCACUCAACUGGUACAUGCAGCUGGAAGGGAACCGAAUCCUGUCAUGGCGAGAUUUGGCAAAUGCUUUCAUUAAACAGUACCAAUACAACAUUGACAUGGCUCCGGAUCGUACUCAGUUACAAAACAUGUCCCAAAAGGAGGGUGAGCCGUUCAGGGUUUAUGCUCAACGUUGGAGAGAAUUGGCUGCGCAAGUACGUCCUCCACUCUUAGAAGCUGAACUAGUGGACAUAUUCACUAACACUUUGCAAGGGGCAUAUUUUGAAAGAAUGGUCGGAAGUGUUUCGUCUAACUUUUCAGAUCUGGUGAAGAUAGGAGAGAGGAUUGAAAUCGGGAUUAAGAGCGGUAAGAUCCAAACCAAUUUGGGUAACCAUAAUACCUCGAAGGAGCCUGCAAACAGUUUCGUCAAGAAAGAAGAGGGGGAAACCAAUGUUGUUACUCACAAGGGGAGAGUUCUUAAGCCAAUCCCAAUGCCUUACAGCCAGCUCUUACCAUAUUUGGUGCACAAUGGGAUGGUAACCCCAAGGGCCACAAAGCCAAGAACCGCGCCAUUCCCUGCGUGGUACAAUCCUCAAGCCAAGUGCGAAUAUCAUGCUGGGACAGAAGGUCAUUCGGUAGAUAACUGUCAGUCCUUCAAGAACAAGGUUCAAGAUCUGGUGACUAAGAAAUUGUUGACCUUCAAAGAGGGAGAGCCAAACAUACAAGACAAUCCGUUGCCCGGCCAUGCGGACCCAUCUAUGGAUGCCAGUUGACAAGCUUAAGGGCUAAUUAUCGUUAGACUGUUCUCAUGUUUGUAAUUCUCCUAUUUGCAAGAGUUUGAUUUGUGUUUAAACUUGUUUAUUCGCAAUAGUAAUCAAAAAUGGAAUAAUAAUGCAUGUUUUGAAUUAAUCUUUUCAUGUUCAUUCACUUUUUUCUUCUUCUCCACAAAAGCAAUAAUUAUAUAUUUCACUCAUUUCAUUUCUUUCAUUAUCAAAUCUGUUUGAAUAAAGAUUGGAGGGAGGAUGAUGUAAAACGAAAUAACCAAAAUUGCUACAGUAUGCUUUCGGAUAAAACUUUGCUGAUGAUGUAAGGCAUUGUUUCAAUCCUCAAACACCGGAGAAAUAAGGAAGAUAAUCCGUAGUCACCCCUGUUGAGCCUAGAAGUUGGUGUUUCUUUUCUAUACGAAAAAACCCGCAUUUUUAACCCGGGGCAGGGUAGUGUUCAGUUAAUUCAACCAUGCGUUCGAGUUUCAAGAGAAGAACAUCUCAUUCGAGGAUCAAUCACAUUUCCUUCCUUGAACACAUCACACAAUCUCAAGGAAAUAAAAGAGAGUCAAAAAGAGAAUUUGUUUUCAUCGACCUUUAUCAAGGCAGUCACAAUUCUCCAACAAAAAGAAGAAAGAAAAGCCCGCUAAGUCAAAACUCAAAAUGACUUAGGCAAAAAUUAGGGCAUCCCGGUGGAUUAAAAACUCAAAAAUAGUCCAGGCAAAAAUUAGGGAUUACAAACAAAAAAGAGUGUCACCAAUGAAGUCAAAAUCAUGUGACCAAAACAAAAAGUAAGUGACUGUCACGUCAAAGAGCAUCACUGACCUAUAAGCCAUCGUAUCCUCACCAUCACGUUUCCAAAAUCUCUUGGAACUUGAGAGCAUAGGUUGAAUUAAUUGAACGUAGGACUGAAGAACAUCAAGGAGAAUGGGUUGGGUUUAAAAUACAA